UCAGUCACGCCAGCACUUAGCUAAUUCUUUCUUAACAUAAUUAAACAAAAUGGCCGAUUUAUUUGACGGAGACUUCAUGGAACCAGCAGCAGCUCCUACUACAGACACAUCAGCAGCAGUUGAAGAAGACCCAGCCGCAGCUUUCCUCGCUCAACAACAAGAUGAAAUAGCAGGUUUGGAAAAUGAAGUGUUAGGAGGAAAUGAACCAACUGUAAAUGGUUUCGGUGAACCAGGUGAACAAGUAGCUGAUGCUGUACCAGCCAAUGAUAACUUGUUUGACAUGCCUGACAACUAUGGGGAGCAACCUGUGAUCACAAAUGGUGGGUUAGAGUUUGAGGAACCUGCUGAACCUGAGCAGAUGGAUCCAUCACAAGCAUAUGCUGCUAUUGCUGUGGCUGAUGCAAGGCUGGAGGAGCUGAGAACAGAACCAGAGAAAAUCCGGGUUUGGAGAGAAGAGAACACAAAAUUAUUAGCUGAGAAGGAUCGAGAAUCCGAGCGCAAACAACAAGAAUGGCUUGCUCAAGCGCGCAAAGAACUUGAAGACUGGGACAGAAAUCGACUUGAACAGGUUGAGAAAACCAAAGAAAGUAACAGGCAAGCAAACGAAGCUUUUUUGAAACAGCGAGAUGAAGGACUUGGCUACACGACUGCAGAGGAACAAUUUUUGAAAGAUCGGGAUCAAGCUGCUCCUGGCUCCGAGUGGGAGAGAGUGUCCAAAUUGUGCGAGUUUAAUCCCAAAUCUACGAAGAGCACGAAAGAUGUCACGAGAAUGAGGUCCACACUCCUCCACCUUAAGCAAAAUCCACGUCCAAUUUCUGUUCCGGAGAUGUAAAAUUUAUCACCCCCCCCCACUAUUGUCUGACCUAUUGAUUCAACAGUUAUAUACCUGGGGUUUAUUUCAAUUCAGCUCUCGCCUCAUGAAUCAUACAACUUUUUACUUGGGAUGUGUAUUUCCAUUUGAUAAUAUCAUUAAAUUAUCAUCUAACAUUUUAUUUAUAUAUUCUCUCUACUGGAAGCUCUAUAGCAUUACACCAACUUUAACUACAAAAUAAAUGAAUAGAAUUUAAAUAGCAGAUUUAGAAUCCAGUUAAAUUCCUGUGGCUUAAUUUAACCUUUGAUUGCUUAGUGGUUUAGAUUCCCUUUGCUUAACCGUGCAAUGCAAUACUGAAAUGGAAAGUCCAAACUGAUACUUGCAAGCCUUUAUAUUCUUAGUCUUUUAAGUGAUCGUUUGUCAUAUGAGUGUCGUCAUAAUUUUUGUAAGAUUAUUAUUGUGUAUAGUGUGUAGCAUAAUACAAACCAUUAGUAAACUAUGC